AUUUAUGGUUUGGGGUUCUGAACUUCCAAAACCUGAUUCUCUUGUUCUUUCCGCCCCACUGUGAUAGGCCAACUCACAGCAUAACACUCCUCGUCUUCCUACAUUGCUUUCAUCUAAUGCAACUCCAUUCACAUCUUCACUAUCUCAAUCUUCAUAAUUAAACAUCAUUUUAAACCCAUAAAAUCACACCUUAUUAAGACUAAUUGUGUUUAUCAAUUGUAACAAAAACUAAACACCCACCUCGUUUUCUCCUUUGUUCUUCUUCUUGUUGUUACAAUAUAAAUAAAUAAAAAGCAACGUUACGUAGUACAUUGCUUUGAUCUGAAUUGAAUUAUUCAGAUCAACGAUGAACGCCUACAUUGCCGGUCUCGUCGUUCCCCUCGUCAUUCUCCUCUUCCGGAAUUCCAACAACCGCAAGCGCCGUGGCUUACCGGCUGAUGUCGGCGGCGAUCCCGGUUUUGCGGUCCGCAACCAACGUGUCACUUCGCCGAUUACUUCGGCGUGGGAAGGCAUUACGACUCUCGCGGAGCUGUUUGAGCGUGCAUGCAGAGAACACCAUGACAGAUUGUUGCUCGGAACGCGUGAAUUGAUCUCUAGAGAGAUGGAAGCUUCCUCCGAUGGAAGAAGCUUCGAGAAGCUUCAUCUUGGAGAGUAUCAAUGGGUUACCUAUGGGACUGUUUUUGAAUCUGUUUCUAGUUUUGCUUCUGGUUUGGCUAAUAUUGGUCAUGUUAGGGAAGAACGUAUUGCCAUUUUCGCUGAAACUAGAGAAGAAUGGUUUAUUGCAUUGCAGGCUUGCUUCAGGAGAAAUGUGACUGUUGUGACAAUAUAUGCUUCGUUGGGAGAGGAAGCUUUGUGUCACUCAUUGAAUGAGACGGAGGCUGCAACUGUGAUUUGUGGGCGCAAAGAAUUGAAAUCACUUACAAAUAUUGCCGGACAACUUGACUCCGUGAAACGUGUGAUAUGUAUUGACAAUGAUAUCCCGUCUGAUGCCUCAUCUUCUCAGCAUGGGUGGACAAUCACUUCCUUCUCUGAUGUUGAGAAGCUUGGUAGAGAAAAUCCUGUUGAGGCUGAUUUACCCCUUUCAGCUGAUGUUGCAGUUAUAAUGUACACCAGUGGCAGUACAGGCCUGCCUAAGGGUGUGAUGUUGACACAUGGCAAUAUCUUAGCAACUGUCUCUGCUGUAAUGACAAUUGUUCCUAACCUUGGGACAAAGGAUGUAUAUCUAGCAUACUUACCAAUGGCUCAUAUCCUGGAGUUAGUUGCUGAGAAUUUGAUUGCAUCUGUUGGAGGCUGCAUAGGAUAUGGAACUCCUUUGACUCUAACCGAUUCAUCAAACAAGGUAAAAAGGGGGACAAAGGGGGACUCCACUGCAUUGAUGCCAACUGUGAUGGCAGCUGUACCAGCAAUUCUUGAUCGUGUACGGGAGGGAGUUUUCAAGAAGGUAAAUGCAAAGGGAGGAUUAUCAAAGAAGUUGUUUGGUAUAGCCUAUGCACGAAGAUUGCAGGCAAUUAAUGGAAGCUGGUUUGGUGCUUGGGGCUUGGAAAAAGCUCUAUGGAAUUUUCUUGUGUUCAAAAAGGUCCAAGCAGUUUUGGGUGGUCGUAUUCGUUUUAUUCUAUGUGGUGGUGCACCCCUUUCUGGUGACUCACAAAGAUUUAUCAAUAUUUGUCUUGGUGCUCCAAUAGGUCAAGGAUAUGGUCUCACAGAAACGUGUGCUGGUGGGACAUUCUCUGAUUUUGACGAUCCAUCUGUUGGCCGUGUUGGACCACCUCUUCCUUGCACAUAUAUUAAGUUAAUCGACUGGCCCGAAGGUGGAUAUUCAACUACUGACACACCAAUGCCUCGUGGUGAAAUUGUAAUUGGUGGUCCAAAUGUCACUCUUGGGUACUUCAAAAAUGAAGAAAAGACAAGAGAAUCUUACAAGGUUGAUGAACGGGGAGUGAGGUGGUUCUGCACCGGUGACAUUGGGAGAUUUCAUGCAGACGGUUGCCUUGAGAUCAUUGAUAGGAAAAAGGACAUAGUUAAACUGCAGCAUGGAGAAUAUGUGUCUUUGGGAAAGGUUGAGGCAGCACUUCUUGGCAGCCCCUUUGUGGACAACAUUAUGUUGCAUGCUGAUCCUUUUCAGACUUACUGUGUUGCACUUGUGGUUGUUUCUCAUCCAGCUUUGGAUGAAUGGGCUUCAAAGCAAGGAAUUGCUUAUUCUGAUCUCUCAGAACUUUGCAGAAAAGAAGAAACACUGAAGGAGGUGCAUGCAUCACUUGUAAAGGAAGCAAAGAAGGCUCGUCUGGAAAAAUUUGAGAUUCCUGCAAAAAUUAAAUUGCUUUCCGAUCCAUGGACUCCUGAGAGUGGCUUAGUCACUGCAGCUCUUAAGAUCAAGAGAGAAAUCAUUAGAAAAACUUUUCAAGAAGACCUCUUAAAGUUAUAUGCCUCAUAGACAAAGACCAAACGUGGAAUGGUUACUCAUCCUAGUGAAAGAAGCUAUUUCUGUAGUUCUUUUAAAUUUUCCUCUGGGAGGGUUCUGUAUUUUUGUUUGAUUUUUCCAUUAGAAUUUUUAUUUAUAAUGCAUAGUGACGCCAAUUUAGUAGAUUACCAAAUUGUUAAAUAAUAAUAACUUGAGUUUGCUUAUGCAUAUCGGUGAAAUUUAUCAGACCUUUUCACUAUUUUAAUAAAUUUAUCUCAAAUAAAAACUUUGAUUGUUUGCCAA